CUCCAUGAAUCCUUGUACGGUUACAUAUUUCAGCGGCAACAUCAAGCAAGAUUUUGACGUCAUCUUCAUCUGACGUCAUCUCAAAUGCAGCCGCGUCAUCAUUACUAACAUGAAAAAAUAUUAAAUUAGAUAAUUAGAUAUUUAAUACUAUCGCAAGGACGUGUCGUGUUUAAAAACGCUAAAGCCUGGUUCACACAUUUCUCCUCCUGCAAAUGUGAUCGAAUGAGUGACAUGCAAAAGACUUAGAAUUGUGUACUUCUGAAAAGCGACUGUGUAUUUUUGUGAGAGUUCACUCAUUUGCAUCCGUCAGAAACACAAAAUCGCCGACAAAAUUGCGAGUGUGAACCAGGCUUAGAGAAAACCACAGAGUUUAGAUUUGAGGUUGAUACAAAUGUCACCAUAACCGUUUUCUGAAUAGCAUAUGUUUUAUUAAAUAAUACAUUGGUAACACUUUAAAACAGUGCUUACAUUACUAAUGUGGGUAGGUCAGUGUUCAUACUACUGAAUGACACAGUAUCCAAAAGCAUAGAAGAGGGUUAUGUAGAUAGAACUAAUUUCGAGCGUAAAUUUUUUAUAUUUUGAUCUAAACAGGAACAGCUGAUCGUUAUCGGCUGCGAACUGGUGCAGCGCUGUCUAAACUGAGCUACACAGACACAGUUAACGAGAUUUAACCAUGACGUGAUUAAUCGGCAAGUUCAUGUAAUUACAUUGAAGUGAUGCCAGUUUACGGUGCAUGUGUAUAAAUAUCAAGGUUAAACCCAAAAUUCUGAUAACACUGCAUAGUACCAGUGUUUCUUCCCCAUGCACAAAUAAAUCUGGAUAAAUAGAAUUAAUAUAUCCUCGAAUUCCUUCAGAUCUCGUUCAGAUCGACUCAAAGAGUACGUCUAUCAAUCUUCUAAGAACUUGGUCCAUGCAUAUGAUGCAUGAGUAAAAACAAGCACCAUGAAAUUAUGAAAACAAAAUUUGCAAAACCUCACCUAUCUUCUACCGCUUCCAAUAGUUCAGCCAAACCGCUUUGUGCCCCAGAGAAACCAACGAAAACCAAGUAGACAAACAAAAAACUCAAAAACAUAAAAGAAAGUGAACACUUCAUUUUAUCCCACAAUAAUCGCGAAGAACCUUUUCACUUUUCAAACUAUCAAGCUUCGAAGGCCUCAACGAAAUCAGAAAUUAUAUCACGAAAGAUGUAAUUUAUAUAAUUCUCUAAAAUGAUAACAUGUGAAUACUUUUGUCACUAAUUGAUACAAAAUUCUUUCUUAAGUUAUUUUAGAACGCUAUUUGCUUUUAAAUGGCCGACUGUUUUGCACGAGUGAGUUUGAAAAAUGGCUAGGAAGGAUUCAGGAAUGCAGGAAAAUGAAGAACUGAGUGUUCUGUACAGUUUAUUUGUUGACAUCAAAUAUAAAAAUGAUGCGUAAAUUUUGGAUAUGAACAUGUUAACAUGAAUAGCUGAGUUUGAUGUUUCAAUUACAUGAAAAGGAAUUUCAAUUACCUGUGAUCAAGGUGUCAAGAUGCAAGUCAAGAAAUGUGAAUAUGUGAUAAAGAGAAUAGCAUCCCAAAUUAAGAAUUUCUUUUUGUGAGAGAAAAUACCCUGGUUUACGAGGUUGUCAUGCCCUAUUUAGUCAAGUAAAACAUUUUCACACAGAUAAUGAUUCUAUAUCUUUUCUAAUUUUGAUAACUUCGCAUAGGCAAGUAAAGAAUACAUAAAUGACAAAAUACAAAAGCGGAAACAGCACAAGAAGAUAAAGUAAUCUAACGCAGGUCUAUAUAUAUGCAGCAGCAAAUUACUGCCAGAUUGGAAAGUUGAUUACAUAUCGUUAUGUUUCGCGCAGAAAUAUAUUUCUGUUUGAUCUUGAUCCCAAUCAUAACCUUAUCCCUUUUGUCGCGAAACAUGAAGAUCUAUGUGCAACUUCUCGCAACAAAAUUGCAAGACGAGUUUGUGCAGUCGUAUAUAGGACCUUAAGGACCGGGUUUAGACGGCGAAUUUUCAUGCCCCGAACCUAAUACAAUGAUUAAGUACGGAAGAAGGGCGGCGUCUAAAUCAAUUAAGUUCGCCAAGUUUUGAUUAGAGUUCGACACGGCACAAAAUACGGCAAGUCAUAUCGUUGUGUUUGGCCGGACGCCGUGCUUUUCAUGCUCCGAACCUAGAUUUACGCACAUUUUUUUAACGUACAUUAUCAUAUGAUUAUGAUAUAUACAUAUUAGCAAGUUAGCAUUGAAAUUUCUGACAUAAUGUACUUGUUCUUUGGCACGGUACAAUUAGGUCGGACGUUCUGUUGCCGAUCUUGUGCCGUAUUUAAUUUGAUCAGGUUCGGAUUUCGACGCAUGAAAAGAUCCGCUAUCAAAACCGGGGCCUUACUUGAAUGAUGAUGUCGUGUACAUAUCUACGGGACAUCGUUUGUCGCGUGAUACUAGUCCCUUGUUGUUCUUUCGAGUUAAAUAAGCAAUAAAAAAUCCGCGUUAUAUUACGGCGUAUCAAUUUGUGACCCAUUUCACAAUCUUUCAUAGGCAAUACGUUACUGCAAGAAAAUAAAUAGCACUGAUAAGUCUAAUCUUGUCAAUGCACUGCGAAACAGAAUAGUGUUUCAAUAUACUACCACAAAUGGAAAGUUCAUUUAGAGCCUGUCUUAGAUAUGCGAUAACUGCAGGGUUAGAUAUCACGCUGUGUCAAACAAAGACAGAAUGUUUAAUUCGUUAACAGAUAACAGAAUAACGCGAGGUAAUAACACAGUACGGCGCAAUAUAUCUGCACGUAUUAUUAACUAAGCACCGUCGUCCUUAAUAAAAUCUCCACACCGCGUUCACAUAAUUGUCUACUAAAGCGAUGUCUGUUCGGGAAACUGUUGGCAGAAAUUGAUUUAGAAUGACGAAUAAUUGCAACAUCACUGCAGUGAUUUGCUACAUUUUGGAUAAACAUUCAACACUCGUUAUAAAUGGUGGAAAUUAAAGCGUAUUUGUACACAGAUAUAUCUGUCGCAUUAAGCUUAAAGUCAGCGCUGCUUUCUGUUGGAGUGUUCGAGUUUAUAUGUUAACGUAGAACGAUCUAUUUGGGUGUAAAGAGGGAAUAUAUUUCAAAGUGAGAUCCAAAGUGGGAAUCACAUAAACACGAGAAUGAUUGAUGUGUUCAGCCGCACGACGUUGAUGCUUUUAGUGUCACAGAUAUUACUGGAUGUCGGUUCUGGUCACCCUGUAGUGUUUCGGGAUGGUAAGGAUAUAGUUUUCAUUUUGUCAUAUCUACUGCGUUUUAUCGGGAAUACACUAACAGUUUAGCACAUGUGCAAAAAGUUUACUUACUGCACUAGAUAUACGUCUAACUUCAAUAUGCCAGCCUGCUUGCAGGCUAGGUACUUAUAUACAACACUUUUAUGCCUGUGAUCAGUCAGAGUAGGAAUUUUGCAAAUUCUACGUUUUGAGGGAUUUAGAAGAAAUGUUUGAGCCGGGAACUGACUCAGUGUUAAACAGUGAAUCAGUUUCCUCAAAUAUUUCUUACAAAUCCUUCAAAAUUCACAAUUUACCUAUGCAAAAUUCCUACUGUGAUCGCAGAAACUUUGAUAGUGUAACCCUAAGAUGACUCUCUUUUCCAAAAGAUCAUUAAAUUCAAACUAUACGAAUAUGUUUUUUUACGAGGUUGUACGUUAAAUUGCACUUAAUAUGUAUAAAUGAUUUUAUUUAAACCCAAUAUAAGAUCUUCAGCUAUUGGCUCGACUCAUGCAUGGAAGCUCAAUUUAUUCAGUAAUUUAAUUAUGGUUGGAACUUUCAACUUAUACUGAACGUGGCCAAGUUCAUUGGGAGAAAACCUGAUUACUAAUAUUAGAAUUCAAAACAUAUAACCAUAUUGUAUAUACUGUUGUACUCUUUCAUGAAAAUAAACGAAAAAGCCUAUUAUAUUAUCAAGAUAACGGAUUAAAAAAACGCAUAAUUCCCGAAAAACGUAUGCAAAAACUUAUGCCAAUUGUUAUACGUAAGCAGAUGAACCUAACUUGGAUGCUUUACAUCGGCGACGGUUUAGUUUGCACGAUUUUAUUUUGCACGACCAAACAUUGAACAUGCAUUUAUAGCACAGCUGUAAAAUGUCAUUGCAAAUUUUCCAACACAAUCUAUGCACGUAUUGUGAAAUAAUUUUCUGAUUCCAUCAGCCGGCACAGAUGCCGCGUAUAUUUGAUAUUUCGUGUAAAACAUCUGUCAAGAUUUUUUUAACUUUCUGUUCAAAAUUUUAUUAAAAUCACUGCAUGAUACGCGAGUUUUCUUAAACACAGAAAAUGAGGAACUGAGGCUAUUUUCAAUAGAGAAUAGAAUAGAAUCUAAACUGCAAAACUAGCGGUCUAGUCUACUUGACCUUUUACUGCUUUGACAGUUCACUUUCAAGAAUCGUCGCUUUCCAAGAAUGAUUGUUGAAAUGUAAAAUGCUUAUCAAAUUAGGCUUCUCUCAAUAACAUGUACAUCAUGUUGGUAACUGCAAAGCUUGUGACUGCCUAUUUCCUAAAACUCAAAACUUUUUAUUUUGUCAAGGUGAAAGAAAUAAAAUCCUGAACAGGUUUGAACGUUCCAUUCAACCAAUGUGCGGUCGCAAGAAACAUCUCAGCGAUAGAGAUGGGAUAAUUGUUGUCAAUCACACACUACACGCGAGGGACGUUUCGUGCUCGUGGAUAAUCCACGUGCCACGCGGGACACUCGCACAACUUGAGUUCUCCAGAUUGAACAUCGAGGACUCUUGCCCAGGAAUAUGUGAGUGCAACUACGUCGCGGUCAAAGAACAUAUUGGCAGAACACGACCGAUUAUAACAAAAUAUUGCAAUGAAAGGAAACCAUUCCGGGGCCUAGUAUCCGGGAGUGACAAAGUUCGUAUACACCUAAGACUGAAAGCCGGCAGUCAAACAAGAAAAACAAGUUUUGUGAUGAGGUAUAGUACAAUGUCAGGUGAAAAAUCAACAAAGUUUGCUCCUCAACAAAAAUCAGAUAAAGAUAUGUUAACCCACUAUGUGGAAGAAAACGCUCAGCAACCCAGUAACCAUGACAAUGACGCAAACAAUGUCCGCGUGAGGAAACAGGUACCAACUGCCCGACUCACUGACGUCAAAAGGACCGCACAGCCUACAGAGGAUCCUGGGCCGAGUAAACUUACAAUACUGUUAGCAAUAGCUAUUCCAGUGGUGUUGAUUUUCAUGUUAGUUGUGCUGUUGAUCGCCUACUAUAAUUACUACUCUGACAAGAAACAGAAGGAAAGCGGGUAAGAAUGUAAGAUUGUGUGACGUCGUAAUGACGGUUUAAUAUUAUGAUGUCAUCACGAUAUCGUCAUAUCAUCAUGACGUCAUUGCUAUGACAUCAAAUUAUCAUGACGUCGUCUAGAAUUAUCAUGACGAUGACUAUUAUGACAUCACAUUAUGACGUCAUCAUGAUGGUAUAACACAUGUCAUCGUAGGAUAUCAUGACAUCGUAUAACAUCAUGACGUAAUCGUAUGACAUCAUCAUGACAUGGUAUAACAUCACGUCAUCGUAUGACAUCAUCAUUAUGUUCGUAUAACAUCAUCGUACAUAGUGACUGAUCUAUGUAUAACCAUGGAUCAUAAAAAUGCAUUUAACAAUCCAUGCUAUAACUGGAGUCAAAGCUGUCCUUCCAGCCAAUCAAAAUGAUGUGAAUAAACUUUGGUGAAUUUUAGGGAAGACAUACCGAAGAGUGGAACAACGAUCAGUGACUUGAUUAUGAACAGCAGUGUAACACUCACUCCCAUGUUCAACUUGGGAAAAGCAAGACGUGAAUCCACACAAAGAAAAGAAAAGUAAGUCAACUUUGUCUUCAAUAUCUAACGUGGAAGCAACAGCAAGGAUUCGUACAUAACUCACAGAAGCUUGACUUUCUUGGACUGUUUGAGACAGAUGUUUACAUUUUGUUUACAAUCAAGAACAAGAUACUACUCCGCGAGAAUGAGAUACAAAUAAUUUAUUAAAAACAUGCCCAUGCAUGGAAAAAUGUGCUUUUCUAGUAUAGACAAUCAUCAGAUUUUAAGAGAAACAAUUGUUUACCAGCCAAGUUCCUCUAUUUCAUUGUAUUGUAUACCUACUUCUUGAGAUUGUCGAGUAGAAACCUCAACUAAUUUCUUUGUUGGUAGAGCAAACAAACUUUACGACGACAUGUUGCAAAACUGGCGAUUAAUGAAUGAUGACAAAAAGAAACGCGAACAAGCGAAGGAAGAAAGGUAACAACUUUUAUUUCCAAAAU